CAGUCGGCUGGAGACGGUCCCCGCGGUGGCCCUGGCGAGGGGCGCAGGCUGGAGGAUCGGCCCCACUUCACGUCCCAUCCCGGCCUGCCUUGCUGGGGGAAGGCGGGAUCCACUGGCCAGACCCUGACUGCCUCCCAGGACCCCCGAGGCUUCUGCCCCACCUGGACUUGCUUUUCCUGUGCUUCCGGCAUGCACCUUGCUUCUCACAACAGAGGUCAGGGCUGGGCCACUUCCCAGUCUCCGUGGACUGGAAUUCCUCCUUGGCCUUGUCCUCCUGAUGUGACCCUGGACUGGACUAGUUACUCAACCACCCCUAAGUCAGGACCACAGCAUGCAGACCCAGGAGAGUGGGGUCCACUACAGCAGGUGGGACGACAGCAGCCGUGAUGAAGUCAGCAUGACCACCACGUCCAGGGCAGAGGAGGCCUCAUGUUGUAGCAGGAUCUUUCAGAAGCUGUGCACGGGCAAGCUGGGGAUCGUCAUGAAGGUGCUGGGUGGGAUGACCCUCUUCUGGAUCAUCUUCAUCUUGGGUUACAUCACUGGCUAUUACGUUCACAAGUGUAAAUAAAUGCUGGUUGCACACA